AUGUCGGUCGUCACAGGGCCGGCUGAUGAGGACGACAGGUCUUGGUCUUCGUGGAGCUCGGCUUUUGAGCCGCAUAGCAAGGCGAGACAGCAGAGCCCUGCAUCGGGCUCGGAUAGCUCUGCCAUCGAGGCCAAGGCUGAUGUUUCGCGAGAGUUGGAUUCGCGGAAGCCGACGAUCUCCGGAGCUUCUUCAUCUGGGGAGCUCGCUCCGUCUUUUUCUGCUGCUGCUACGUCUGCUGAGGUCUCCCACGACAUUGACUUGCAAUCUGCAGGCACAUACACGGUGGAGGCUCACACGGCGGCGGAUUAUGUGAUCGGAGCAUUCUCUUCCAGUGCUGUGGAGCCAGAAAGGGCUGUGUUGAUGGAGCGAGGUGUUAGGUGGAGUGAUUUUGUCUCCACGGCUGAGCGUUGGGACAGAGCCUCGGUCUUGGAAAGAAAACUGGCGCAAGAGCGCAUGUUUGGUGAGUGUGUGCGCCAGAGGAGCAGAAACCGUGAUCGCAGACGCGACCGGGAAUCAAGAUCGAGGGGAGCGCAAGCUGUUGCGCCUUUUCCCCCGCCGGUGCCUCAGCUGCCGGCUGCAGCGCCGGGAUAUGAAUGGAGGCAAGUACCAGUGAUGCCCGUGCAGCCACCUUUGCCGCCUCCCUCGACACCUGCCCCUAUUGCCCCUGCUGUGCAUGUGCCUCAGCAGCAGUCUACGUGGAAUCGCCAGCCCUGGCGCGGAGGGGGCCAGCAGAAGCAGCAGGGCCAAUGGGGCCAGCGCUGGAAUAAGUGGCAUCGGUCCAGUCAGGGGUCGAAUGAGCCUCGAGGGUCGGGCCACCAGUCCUCUUGGACGGACCCAGACCAUCACAACAUUCAGGAGGCCACUCCUUCUGAAGUGGCUGCGGCCGACGCCCGUAAGUCCGCCAAAGAGGCUGAUAAGGAUGAGGCAGACGACGAAGAGUCGUACCUCGCAGCCCUGUGGAAGUCGGCGCAAGAUGAAGCGCGUGCAGACCCCACUCGCCCAUUGUCAGCCCGGGAACUGGCAGAGCAGGGAAAACUGCAGUGGUGGUGGAAGAUGCCUUGGAAGACCAUCGCCGAGAAGUUUCCUGACACGCAUGGCUACAAGGAGUUUUUGGAAGGACUUGAAGGUCCGAUCCCGACCUCUGUGAUUUCCCGCGUGGUCACGGUCCUUGCUGCCUUUCGGUCUUAUGGCCGCCCCCUUGAGGGGGACAAUCCAGUGGCGGGCGUCGUCGGACCCGAUGCUCAUAUUUUUCGAGUGCCUGGGCAACGGAUUUUGAUCCUAUCCUGCGAACUGCGCGGGCCAAGCUAUAUCCGCAAUCCGAACUCGGCCCAUUCGGCUAUCAUGGCUCAUGGUACCUCUUUCCCCUCUUUAGUCGGCGUGGCAGAGAUAGGGGAGAUCGCGGUGAACGAUUUCCGCGAUCAGGGAACUCCCUGCUUCGGCUUUUCGGCACGAGGUUCAUUGGUCACCUUGUCGCGUGAUGCACUGGAAAGUGCAGCGACAAAAUGCGCGAGUCGGGCUAAAGCCCUGGGCGGGGCGAUUGUUCUCGUAGAGUGCGAGUUGCCACGGAGCACCCCCGCUGUGGAGGGGGGAAUGACAUGA